ACACGCGUCUGUUGUCAGCAACAUUUGAACGCGGCCGGACUUGAAACGAACGGCCUUGCGUCCCAAACGCCCUAAAAUGUGUGAACAUGAAUGAACGUGCCGCGGAUGACAAGCGACAAGGAACCAAGAAAACAACAGAAAAAUAGAUAAUAGUGUCGAGUUCGGAAAAGUCCGUUGAUAUAUCCCACGAAAAUAUGCGUAUUGAUAUAUUUGCAAAAGAAUAUCACCCACAAAUAAAUUAUCAAAAAAAUACAUAUAUCAAUAUUCGAUAUAUCAAGAUGUAUUCAACAUUCGAAACUCGGCGCGAAUAACAAAUCCUCCGAAUACAUCCGCAUCCAGCCGCAGCAACCUCCGCGUGUACGUGAGUGUCUAUCUGUGUGUGUUUUUUGUGUGUUCUCGCGUAUUUUUUAGCGUUUUUGUGUUUUGUUUCCCUAAAACCCGAAAUCCACCUCCCUUCCCUUCACGACUACCAAUGCAUUUCCUGUAGUUUUCUUGAUUUGCGCAAAGAAGGAACUUUUUAAUUUUUUGCUCAUUUGUUUUUAUUGUGACCAAUUUUUUUAAGUGCUGGAAAGUGCUCAAAACAAAGAAGGAAAAAACCACAAAAAGAAAAACCGAAAUAAAGGAUAAAGAGAGAAAGAGAGAAAGAAGAGAGAAGAUAAAAAAAAAUUAAGAUUCCUUCCAAUGACAAAACAGCGACAGAGGCAGAGCAGAAGCCGCUGCAGAAUUUCAUCAAUUAACGGAUUACAACACAUUUUUGGAUAGAAAAACCAACGGAACAAAGCAGCAAACAGCGUCUCAACCACCGUCUGGACAUUCACGAAAGCGCAGCCAAAAAAAUAUCCCAAAUGAAAACUAUGUAAAAAACCUACAGCACACGACACGAAAAUAGGAAUUCGAAUAACGAAAUCGAAAUCGAUAUCGAUAUCGAAAGGAUAUUCGAAGGAACCGAUCGGAUCUGCAAAGGAGGUGGAGGAGGAGGAGAUACUUUCAGCUCCAGGUGGCGGCUACGAGGCUGCAAUGGCACCAAGGCCCCCACGGGCCAUGCCGCAUGCCUCAUCGAUGACGAGGGCGUGGCAUUGAAGGAGUGCAGAGAGCGAGAGCCCUUUCGGAUGAUUCAUGAUUCAUGCGAGUGCGAGUGCAAAUGAAAUGCAACGUGGCCAAUAAUAGUAAUUAAUAAUAAUAAUAAUAAUAAAUGCAAUAGUCAUCGCAACAUUGCAACAUAAUUAACGUGGAGAGCGAAACAAAUUAAAUAUUCAACAUAAAUCGUCAGUGAAGUGCACAGUCGCCACACGUGCCACGUACCACGAAACAUUUACUUUAAUCCCCUGCCCUGAAAUACAGUGAAAACAGUGACAGAAGGAACCGAGAACCGAAAACCGAAAACGAGAACCGAACGAGAGCAACGUGGCGCAGCGCGAUACCAAAAUGACUAUGAAAUCGAUGAAGUACUCCGAUUGUGAUACCAUUAUGGAUGGCUAUAAUCCGGUGCCGCCGCCACUGCCACGACGUGUGCCACCCGUUCGCAACAUUUACGCGGAGCCCUUUGCCCAUGAACCGAACCAUUCCAGCAGAUUGGGCGGCCACCCACAACAGAUGCCACAAAGUAUGUCAACUGGCAGCAACACAAUCGGCCAUGGCGGCAUCGAUCGUGGUGGCGUCGUCAUGCCCAUGGGCGCCGGUACAAUGCCCGUCGGUGUGGGCGGCGUGGGUCAAGUGGGCGGCAGCGGCGGUGGUGGCCCCAAUGCCAACGUCGGGCCACCGGGCAGCGGCAAUGGGGGGCCCCAUUGCCAGAUAAGCGGCUCACAGCCGUUGGUCAUGCCCGGAUUCCCAUUGCGUAAUUCCCACUCAGCGCAUGCACCGCAUUAUUCGCCAUAUUCGCCAUCCAGGUUUCACAUAGAUAAGCGCUGUCAGCACCGAUGUUCCUGGAAAUGCUUGAGCAUCGCCUUAAUUUUCGUAUCCGUCGUCCUAACCGCCAUGUUGGCAUACUUUGCAGCUGUCAGCUCGAUGAAGCCGAACUUGGACAGCACUAAUUGCAUCCUAGUCCAGGACGUCAAGUCACAGCCGCACGAUCUGCGUGGCGGGCCGGGGGGGAAAGCGAACGACAAGAGCGUGGGUGGGGCCACUGCCUAUCCCACGGAGGAAUCGAUACAGACCAGCACCUCGGACCACGGCAGUAACGGACAUGGACUCAAUGGAGUGGCGGGUGGGGCCGGCGGUGGUGGGGCAACGGGCAUUCAGCAGCAGUUGCUUCUCCAGCAACAGCAGCCUCACUCGAUCAACCAACCGCUGACGCCGAUGGACGCGACCAACACCCAGCUGCAGGACCAUCAACUGACCUACGGAGGCGGCAUCGGCAACGGCAUGGUUAUGGGCCCGGGCUCCCUUAACGGACAGCAGCACAACAUGCUGCUGGCCCAAGCGGGCGGCAGCGGGAUGCACCACCACCAGGCGCUGCAGCCACAGCUUGGAGGAGGACAGUGGCCGCAGGUCGUCGAGCUGAAGGAGUUUAACGAGGUGUACCACGCGAAUAUACCAGCCUACCAGUUUUGGACUUUGGAGUUCCGGAACAAGCAUCCAGCCUUCAUUCGCUUCAACUUCACGCUGCCGUGGGGCGCCCACUUUGCCGUAUACUCGCGCCGAAACGUGGCGCCGUCGGUCACGCAGCACGACUUUGUGGAGUUCAUCAAGGGAGGACGUCUGGACAGCCACCUGCGGCACCGUCGUAGCCCGGGCAAUGCCUCGUCGAUCGCCGGAAAGGACUGGGACGCAGUGUACCUCGACGAGCAGCAGCAGCACCUCCAAGAACGAUUCACGCCACGACCAAAUCUACAGUUCAGCUACGAAGAGCAGGAUGCAAGCAGGAUGGUGGAUGCAAGCAAAGACGAACCAGACGCCGACUCCGACUCCGACCCCGACUCUGGCGAAUUCUUCGAUGUCGAAACGCCCCUGGAUACGGCAAAGCACCUCCAGCGACAGAUCCACUUCCAGCAGCAAAAUCCACAGUACGCACAGCAUGAAGUCAAGAAGCGCUCGGCGGUAGAUGGCGGCGGCCUGCCCGCCCUCGACAUGGACGCGAUGACGGUGAACGUAUCGCUGCUGCAGUAUCUCGACACAGGCCUCUGGUUUAUCUCCGUCUACAACGACGAGCUGGUGGCCCACUCCGUCUCGCUGUUGGCCGAGGAGGCCGAGGGCGUCAGCACCACCUGCCCCAACGACUGUUCCGGUCGCGGAAGUUGCUACCUGGGAAAGUGUGACUGUAUUGAUGGCUACCAAGGCGUCGACUGUUCUAAAAGCGUUUGUCCGGUGUUGUGCUCGGCGCAUGGCCACUACGGCGGCGGAGUCUGCCACUGCGAGGACGGCUGGAAGGGGGCCGAGUGCGACAUUCCGGUGGGCGAGUGCGAGGUCCCCAACUGCUCCAGCCACGGACGGUGCAUUGAGGGCGAGUGCCAUUGCGAGCGCGGCUGGAAGGGACCGUAUUGCGAUCAACACGACUGCCUUGAUCCGCUGUGCUCGGGGCACGGCACCUGUGUCGCCGGACAGUGCUACUGUAAGGCCGGUUGGCAGGGCGAGGACUGUGGCACGAUUGAUCAGCAGGUGUACCAGUGCCUGCCCGGCUGCUCGGAGCACGGAACCUACGACCUGGAGACGGGCCAGUGUGUGUGUGAGCGCCACUGGACUGGACCGGACUGUUCGCAAGCUGUUUGCAGUCUCGACUGCGGGAGGAACGGAGUGUGCGAGUCCGGUAAGUGCCGCUGCAACAGUGGAUGGACGGGCAACCUUUGCGAUCAGCUGCCCUGCGACGCUCGAUGCUCUGAGCACGGCCAAUGCAAGAACGGAACGUGCGUCUGUUCCCAGGGAUGGAAUGGCAGGCACUGCACCCUGCCUGGUUGCGAGAACGGCUGCUCUCGGCAUGGACAGUGCAGCCUGGAGAACGGCGAGUACCGAUGCGACUGCAUUGAAGGCUGGGCUGGCAGUGACUGUUCGAUAGCCUUGGAACUCAACUGCAAGGACAACAUUGACAACGAUGGCGAUGGGAUGACUGACUGCUCUGAUAGCGAGUGCUGCUCGCAUCCGGCCUGCUCGGAGCACAUCAUGUGCCUGUCCUCGAACGAUCCCGUUGAGGUGCUGCUGCGGAAGCAGCCGCCCUCGGUGACGGCCUCGUUCUACCAGCGCGUCAAGUUCCUGAUCGAGGAGAACUCUGUCCAGUCGUACGCCCACAUGGAUGAAUACAGCGAAAAUCGCGUGUCUGUGAUGCGAGGACAGGUGAUCACUCCUCAGGGACUUGGCAUCGUCGGCAUUCGUGUCUCUGUAGAUCGAGACUCACGCUUCGGGUUCACCCUCACCCGCCAAGGAGGCUGGUUUGAUGUUCUCGUGAAUGGCGGGGGAGCGGUCACCCUACAGUUCCAGCGAUCGCCGUUCCGCCCUUUGACGCGCACCGUGUUUGUGCCCUGGAACCGCAUCGUAGUUUUGCCGCCCGUCCAGAUGCAAUUGAGCGAUGACGACGAGACCACCAGUCGCAACAUAAAGGUGGCGCCCCUGAAUCCGGCCUUGACGUUCCUAAAUUCCAUACACUACCACACGGCGGAUGAGGCUAAUGAUGCCAGUAAGGUGUGCAUGGACCACGACCACGAGAAAUUGAGACCACAGCUGAUCAGCACCUGGAUGCCGAAUGGCGUGGGCGCCAUGCCCGGCAAGCGGGUUAUCUUUGCCGAGACUCAGAUUGUCCAGGAGUCCAUACAGAUACCCGGCUCGGACCUGCACCUCACCUACCAGUCGUCGCAAGCCUCGGGCUACCUGAGCAUCGUCCGCAUGCGGCUAACCUCGGAGACGAUACCCAAGACCCUGACCCAUGUUCACGUGGGUGUGGAGAUCGAGGGGGCGCUGCACGUGAAGACGUACGAAGCGGAUCCGAAUCUAAUCCACACGUUUGCCUGGAAUAAGCGCAACGUGUACCGACAAAAGGUGUACGGCGUGACGAUCGCCCGGAUAUCGGUGGGCUACCAGCACACCACCUGCCAGACGCCCGUCUGGAUUACCCAGACGGCUAAGCUGCAGGGCUACGACGUAGACAUCUCGGACAUUGGCGGCUGGGGGCUGGACAUCCACCAUCAUUACAAUUUCCACGAGGGGAUCCUGCAGAAGGGCGACGGCAGCACCCUGCACAUGAAGGAGUACCCGCGUACCGUAAAGGUGGUGAUGGGCACCGGCCUGCAGCGGCCACUCAACUGUCCAGACUACUGCAAUGGGGUGGCUAAGGACGCCAAGUUGCUGACUCCCAUCGCUCUGGCCACCGGCCCCGACGGCAGUCUCUACGUGGGCGAUUUCAACCUGGUCCGCCGCAUCACGCCCGAUGGCAAGGUGUUCACCAUCCUUCAGCUGAGCGCCACCCAGGUCUCGUACCAGUACUACCUGGCCGUGUCGCCCGCCGACGGUCACCUGUAUAUCUCCGACCCAGAGCGCCACCAGAUCCUGCGUCUCCUGCGCCUCGAGAAAGUUAAGGACCCGAGCAUCAACAGCGACCCGGUGGUAGGCAGCGGUCAGCGGUGCAUCCCCGGUGACGAGGGCAACUGCGGUGACAACGGGCCAGCCUUACUGGCGCGACUCUCACACCCCAAGGGACUGGCCAUUGCCGCGGACCGCACCAUGUACAUCGCGGACGGAACCAACAUCCGGGCCGUCGACUCCAAGGGCAUCAUCCACACGCUGAUCGGCCACCAUGGCCAUCACAACCACUGGAGCCCCGCGCCCUGCACCGGCACCCUUAUGGCCAACCAGGCGCAGCUGCAGUGGCCCACUGGCCUGGCCCUCAGCCCCCUGGAUGGCUCGCUGCACUUCAUCGACGACCGCCUCGUACUGCGCCUCACUUCGGACAUGAAGAUACGCGUCGUAGCUGGCACCCCACUGCACUGCAGUAACAACGGACAGGACAGCCGCGUGAACAAAACGAUCACCGACAACGUCUUAGGCACCGUGUUGGCCAUGGCUUUCUCGCCUUUCGGCGAUCUCUACAUAGCGGACAGCGACUCGCGACGCAUCAACUCCAUUCGAGUGGUAGACACGGCUGGAAACAUGAGAUACUUUGCCGGCAAGCAGGAGGGCACUGGCUCCCAGACCUGCGAGUGCGGCAUUGGAACGGGCAGCAACGGCAGCUCGGCCUCGGCUGGACUAGGCGGGGCCAGUGCUGGCGCCUACUCUACGACCGUGAACCCGACACGCAAUAGUGGCGGAACCACCCCAACGACCCCGGCGGGCGGAAACGGAAACAAUGGCAGCGCCUCUGCCUCCGCCACGGUCGCCACGGGCAACGGCAGCUCCGCAGCCUGUAUCUGUCCUGGUGGCCUCGGCAUCGGCACGCUCUCCACCUCUGGCUCUGGCUCAGGUUCGGGCUCCGGCUCCGGCUCGGGCACCGGUAAUGGUGGCGGUACUCUGGCCAGCAUCGUCGGCGGUGGCAGCCUCAUGUCCACCGGCCCCACCACUACCACCACCGUGCUCCUGGGGGCGAAGACCACCGCCUCAGGCAUCGGCAGCGGAGCGACCCUCAACGACGACGGAACCCUGAGCAAUGCGGAGACCCUGCUCUCAUCGAACGCACGUUUCCAGGCUAUCUCGGCCAUCGCCGUGGCUCAGGACGGAGUCAUCAAUGUGGCAGAUCAAGGAUCCUUGCACGUUUUGGCCUUGGAGCAUUAUCUGCCGUCGCACGACGAAAACGGAGAGUUUCACAUUCCCUUCCCGCCGUCGAGCGAGAUUUAUGUAUUCAAUAGGUACGGUCAGCAUGUAGCCACCAAGGACCUGACCUCGGCCAAGACGCGCUACAGCUUCCUGUAUUCGAAGAACACGAGCUUUGGGCGGUUGUCCACGGUCACGGACGCGUCGGGCAACAAAAUUCAGUUCCUGCGCGACUACAGCAAUGUAGUGAGCUCCAUUGAGAACACGCAAGACCACAAGUCGGAGAUCCAGAUCAACGGCAUCGGCAUCAUGACCAAGCUGAGCGAGAAGGGGCGCCAGGAGAUCGAGUUGGACUACGACAGCAACACAGGUCUGCUUAACUCGCGCUCCUCCGGCGGCGAGACGUAUAUCUACCAGUACGACGAGUUCGGACGCGUCACUGGCAUGAUCCUGCCCAGCGGCGAGAUCGUGCGCAUCACCUCGCAGCUGGCGGACAACAAGGGACUAACCAUCUACGUGCACGCCUCCGUAGAGUCACUCUUCUCGCGCGAGCGCGUUGUCGGCGUGGAUGCUAACGAGCUGCUAGUCCUCGGCGGCGUCCGAUCUACCUUUCUGAAGCGCGGCCUGGCCCAUGCCGACGCAGAACUGAAGGCCAACAACACCCUGGUCAUCCACGGAUCAAACGGAGUGGUGGUCGAGGCCUCUGCGGUGGCCCGGCACCCGCUACUUGAGGCCGCCCUGCCCGUGGAAGCAGAGAUGCUGGCCAUGUGGUCGCACCAGAGCGUCACCAUGGGUGACGGCCUCACCAACUCGAUGUAUUCGGUCUACAACCUAGUCGGCGAUGUGCGCAAUCCCCAGCAGACACUCAACCGCGAGAUCUGGGUGAACCAGUCGCGAGUUAUCGGAGUAGAGUUCGACCAGUUCACCAACCGCGAGACCUUCUACGACGGCAGACGCACCCCCAUCCUAAUCGUGGCCUACGACCAGUCCGGACUGCCCAAGUCCUACUAUCCCACAAACGGCUAUCCGGUGAACAUCACCUACGACCGGUUCAACCGCGUCGAAGGCUGGGCCUGGGGCCCCGCGGAGCUUAAGUACAGCUACGACAGGCAUGGCCUACUUUCGGAGAUCACCUCGCAGCAGGACGGUAUCAUAUCGUUCGUGUACAACGACUGGAACCUUGUCUCCGAGAUCGGGCUGGCCAGCCAGCGCAAGUUCGUGCUGCAGUACGACGACGCGGGCGGGCUCCGACACGUGGUCUUGCCCUCAGGUACCCGCCACAGCUUUAGCAUGCAGACCUCCAUUGGCUUCAUCCGCUGCACAUACACGCCGCCGGGAAGCACCCGCGCCUACCUCCAGCACUACAGCCACGCUGGGGCCCUGCUUCAGACCAUCCUUCCAGGGGACGGUGCGCGCAUCGUCUAUCGCUACAAUGCGGCAGGCCAGCUCACAGAGGUGGUCCACGGGGACGGUCGUAGCGAGUUUCAGUACAACGAGGCCAGCGGCAUGCCCAGCACGGUGUCGCACGCGGAGCGGGAGCUAGAGUAUCGGUGGGACUUCGAGUACGCUGCUGGCCUCCUCACCGAGGAGCGCAUCGACUACGUGGCCAAGACAGGGCUGAGCAACGCAAAGUUCAGCUAUGAGUACGACAGCCAGCUGCGGGUGGUGGCCCUGCAAGGACGCAUCGGGGGCCAGAGCCUGCCGACGCAGGCAUUUGCCUACGAUCCACGUACCGGACAACCCAGCCUCAUCGGGCAGUUCAAGUUCACGCGGCCCGCCCUAAACCAGACGCAGCUGCACGACGGAACGGCCAGCUUCACGCGGACCGUGGAUGGACGUUUCCAGACACAGCGCAUGGCCUUGGCCAUACAUCGUCUGGAGGUAUUUCGCAUGGAGUUCUCGUACGGUGUGCACGGACGCAUCUCGCAGACGCGCACCUACACCCGGAACAUGGCCGUGAAUAGCUACACAAAUGUGAAGAACUACACAUGGGACUGUGACGGGCAGCUGGUGGGUGUGGAGGCGCAGGAGCCGUGGGGCUUCCGAUAUGACGAUAACGGCAAUUUGCUCUCGCUCACCUACCGCGGCAACACCAUCCCGAUGGAGUACAACGCCCAGGACCGCAUCGUGAAGUUCGGAGAGGGCCAGUACAAGUACGAUGCCCGGGGUCUGGUGGCUCAGAAUGCGCGGGAGGAGCGAUUCCAUUACAACACGCAGGGCCUGCUGGUGCGCGCCUCAAAGCGGGGCCGCUUCGACGUUCGCUAUUACUACGACCAUCUCAAGCGGCUCACCACUCGGAAGGACAACUUUGGAAACGUGACCCAGUUCUUCUACACGAACCAGCAGCGGCCCUACGAGGUCUCCCAGAUCUACUCGCCCCGCGACGGCAAGCUGAUGUCGCUUACCUACGACGACGUAGGCCACCUGAUAUACGCGCAGGUGUAUCGCCACAAAUACUACGUGGCCACGGACCAGAGCGGCACGCCCCUGAUGCUCUUUAACCAGUACGGCGAAGGAAUCCGCGAGAUCAUGCGCUCGCCCUUCGGCCACAUCGUCUACGAUUCGAACCCGUAUCUAUAUCUCCCGAUCGAUUUCUGCGGCGGAAUCCUGGACCAGGUGACCACCCUGGUGCACAUGGGCGACGGCCGGGUCUACGAUCCGCUGAUUGGCCAGUGGAUGUCGCCGGACUGGCAGCGCGUGGCCGAGCGCAUCAUCACGCCCACGCGGCUCCAUCUGUACCGCUUCAAUGGCAACGAUCCCAUCAAUGUGGGCCACGAGCGCCACUACCCACAGGACUUUUCCAGCUGGAUGCAAACCCUUGGCUACAAUGUGGGCAACCUGGUGCCGCAGCUGGCCCGCGACCUCUGGCAGCCGCCGGCUCUCUGGGGACGUCCGCCCGCUAACCCCAUUGCCCUGAACAUGCGCCGCCCCUUCGACAAUAUCCCAACAAUGGCCGUCGAAAGCGGCUUCCUCGCCCACCUCAAUGUGCGCCGGAUGUCCGACUUCGAGCAGCUCUCGGCCCCACCGCGAUCCGCCCUCAAGUGCGACGUUAUGGACCCUUCUCCGCGCAUCAUCGGCUCCGACACGGAACCGCCCUUCGGCAAGGGCAUCGUCGUCUCCCGGACGGCGGACGGGCAGGCCAUCGUGUCCAGCGUACCGGCGGCCAAUGCGAUCUAUCGGGAUGUGUACACGAGCGUGUUCAACCGUUCGAAGCUUCUGCCCUUCACCUUUGUGGUGCACAACGCUCAGCAGGACUCGUUCUUCUUCGUCAAAGAGGAUGCGUGGCGGGCCAGCGAGGACCGGCAGCAGCUCAAGAGACUGCAGGGGCAGGUGAACACCACCUUCCACGAAAUCACGCGCGAGGCUGCACCGGCCGGGUCGGCUGGGUCCAGUGGCUCCGGUGGCUCCUCAUCGUCGGUGGUCUCCACUGCCGGCUCCUCGGGCGGCAACUAUCUCGACGUGAAGAUCCAUGGAGCUCAUGCCAUCAUCAAUUUGCGGUACGGCACCACCGUCGCCAAGGAGCAGCAGCGCCUUAUGCACCACGCCAAGCUCACUGCUGUCCGUAAGGCCUGGCACCGCGAGAAGGAGGCCCUGCGCAGCGGUCUGACCACCGCCCUAGAGUGGACCCAGCAGGAGAGCGAUGAGAUCCUCAAGCAGAGCUAUGCCAACAACUACGAGGGUGAGUACAUCCACGACGUGGCCCUCUACCCGGAGCUCGCCGAGGAUCCGUACAACAUCAAGUUCGUGAAGAAAAAGGGCGCCACCGGCGGCGCCGCCGGAGUGCCCAAUACACGGCGCAGACGCCGGCGUUCCCCGGACCGCGGCAGGGAAAUCGAAAUCGACGAGGAUGCGACGGCCGAGGAGGCCGUUGCCUGUUAGCUCUUGGACGAUGCCCGAUCUCGGAGAUGCGAUCCACCAAGCAGCUCUACUAAGAAGAAAGAGUGCCGUCAACAGGCGCAGGAAACAUAAUUAUUUAUAUAUAUAUAUAGGACUAAAUGUAUGUUAUCAAAUAAUUUUUUGAUGUCAAGGAACAUAUACAUACAUAUAUACAUGCAUACAUAGUAUAUGUACGGAUUUUUUUUUGUAUUAUUAGGAACUAGAAAAGUGCGACAGAAAAUGCAUACAUGUAAUUAGGGACUCGAGUCCCAAACAGACGUCUGCUCAUGGCAGAUAGAUACAUAAUCCGUAGUAGAGGUAUACCCGUACUCGUCUAUGUGUGUGUCAUCGGCUAUAGCUAAACAGAUACAAAUACAGAUACAGCUAAUGAUACCGAUACACCGGUACCGAUGAAGUUAUAGAUACUAAAUAGAAGCAUAGAUAUACAUACAUACAUAUAUGCAAUACAUUUAUAUAGCAUAGUGCAGUAGUCAUAUAAACCCAGAACAACAACAGCAACAAACAAACAAAAUCUAACCACACAAACAUAACCUUAUCCAUAUGUACAUGCAAACCCACAAACAAUAAGGCGUGGUAAGGGGCGUCAGAUGAUUGGGUAAUAGUAAAAGAGUAAGAGAGUAAAAAAGUAAAAGAGUAGAAAAGUAGAAACAGGGAAUACAGGGGAAUGCAGUAGGCAAGGAGGGAAUCUUUUUUUUCGUGGUACUCGAGCUUUUUGAGACUGGCAUAGUUUUAAACACAUAACAAAGUGCGCGGACACGAACAAAGACACUCGGACAGGCAGACGGACACCCGAUGGACUGGGCUGGGCGGAAAAACCCAGCAAGAUUUAGCCAGCCAGCACAGCACACUGUACCAUCAGCCAUAGUAAAUGUAUAUAGGAAGUAUAUGGCAAUGGGAAUGGAUAUUAUGUAUGAGAAUCGUAAUAGAAUGAAACAUAAAUGGAACCCUGGCCCUGGCCCGCCGUCUAGACCACAUUAUCACAUAAAAUAUUACAUUUGGCAAACCAAUUGAGGGCCUGUUUUGGGAGAUUUUUGCUUAGCGAAAGCUUUCUCUCAUUUGCUUUGCACAGUGUAACAGCUUCAGAACAAAAAUAAAAUGCAUUCGAAAAAAAAAUGUAACAACAAAAAUUAAUUAUUAAAAAAAAAAGGAGCAACAAAA